CAAAAAAACUGUUUUAAAUAAGUCGAAAUGAUGACCACCGUACCGACUUCUCGCAGCAGCAACGUAACAGGUGUAAAGAGCUUAACAGUCACGACCAGCAGUCUGCAUGAUACUUGGAUUUAUUCCGAGUGGCUGGCAGCAGAAAUCUUAGCAAUAUUCAUGUGCGUUGUUGUAUUGUAUUUUACAAUAGCCAUGUUAUGCUGCGGGAUUUUUCAACUCAACACAAAAACAGGUAAAGAGUUAGUAUUCAGCCGGAUAUUACACGCAAUGUGUAUGUUAUGCGGUUUAUGCUGCUUGGUGUUCAAUGCGGUGCAAAUCCCAAUGAUUAGCUCAAUCUACGAACCGUAUUGCUAUUACUACGAAAAAGUUCUUGUAGUGACGUUCGGUUUGGCUGUCAUGUCGACGUAUUUGGUUCUGUGGCUUCGCAUGCUCAGUGCAUUCUAUAUGAAUCCUGUUGUAUCCUCGAACAUUCCCAAAAAGUUAAGGUACUUUGCCUUCGGUACCUGUGCAGUGAUACAGGUUAUGAUCGCAGUUUACAUUGGCGUGUUCCUUGCAACGCAGCCGUACAAAACAUUUGAAAAAGGCUGCUUAAAAGUUGGCUCCUUCGGCACUGGAAUCAUAAAAUGGGCCAUUGUCGGUACAACUACAGCUUUGGGCCAAGGAUGUUUACUGUUUUAUUUCAUUUACCCGCUGUAUAUGCACAGAAGAAACAUGCUGUCAAGUGGUAUUAACGAAAAAUCCACCAUCCCGCUGAUUAAGCGUUUAGCAUUAAUGAUGACGAUAUGCGUCGUCGUUUCCUUUCUUUGUUACCUGAUUUUGAUUGUACACACUACAAAGUACACCUACGUCAAACAUAUACUGCUAAGCAUUAUAGUGCUAGUACAUUUACUGACUGCAUACUCACAAACCUUUCCUAUGUGGAUUGGUUAUGUAGCCCCCUGUCUUAAAAAGUAUCUCCGUACUAGUGAUGCCAACAGUACCUCCCAAGCUCGUACCUCCCACACCAGCGCUGGUAACGUUGAGUUUUCUGGGCCAGUCACUCGAGUUACUAACGCUUAGCGUUUUCCAAACGUUUAUUCAUCCUUUUUUUGGUAUUGGUAAAAUACCUGCUAAAUUUAGGUAUUAAAGAUAUUUUGAUUUGAAAUAGGACAUAAAGGCAUUUUCAGUAAUAUAUAUAUAUAUAAAACUGUGGGGUAAGAUGGGAUUUUUAUAGCAUCUGAUCCUAUGUUUGCUGAUUGUGUU